UCUCAUUGCCCGCCUCAUUGGCUAAUACUACACGAAUAUUGAAGGCAAAUACCAGUAAAAAAUCAUGGCAACAACAGAACCCGAAUCAACCGCACCCGAGAAGCAGGCCACUCCACCUCUCCAAAUCCUCUACUGUGGCGUAUGCACUUUCCCGCCUGAAUACUGCGAGUUCGGCUCGAGCUUCACGCGGUGUAAAGAAUGGUUGGAGAGCGAACACCCCGAUCUGUAUCAGAAGUACUAUUCCGACGAGGCCCUGCAGUCUAAGCUCGGGACCUUGAGUCUGGAAGCACAGAGUAAGCUUGAGAAGGAUACGGCUAAGAAGGAAGCGAAAGCAGAGGCAAAGGCGGAUGCGGCUAAGAAGAAGAAGAUGGCUUCCCAAGUGCAAAUCAAGCGCAUAGAACGGAAUAAACGAAAAUACGUAACCGCUGUUCAUGGACUCGAAGCCUUCGACGUAGAUCUGAAGAAGGCCUCGAAAUUAUUCGCCCAACGCUUCGCAACCGGUGCAUCCGUAACGAAGAACGCAGCAGGGUUUGACGAGAUCGUCGUUCAAGGCGAUGUCUCGCAAGAAAUCUACGACAUGAUAGAGGAGGCGGGCGAGGGUGGCGAAGGUGGCGGGAAGGGCAAGAAGGGACUGGACGUUUUGAAGGGCGUUUUGAUCGACAACGUCGAUAUCAUCGAGGAGAAAAAGAAGAAAGGCGGAGAGUAAUUGCACGGUGCUCGUAUGGCCUGAGGAAGUGACUUGCUCAACGGUGUAUGAUGAUCGUGAAGAUGAUUUGGUUGAUCACAUUGUAUACAGACUGCGUGGCAUGAAUGUCUUGUAUUAGUGAAGGACAAAUAUAUGUGUCUAGGCUACAAUGUAUGCUCGAUGUAUGGUAUGAUGGUUGUUUGACAAUGGAUAAAUAG